AUGUCGGCGGAAGUAGUAGAGGUGAUAUCGACACCGCAGGUUUUCAUGCCCAUAUUGGGUUAUGUCAAGGCCGAACUUGUCAUCAAUUGCUUGAUUGUGCUGCUGGUUCUGAUCGUCGUCACUCUGCGGGUCAUUGGGAGACUUAUGGGACCUGGACUUGGAUGGGAUGAUGGUUUCGUUAUUUUCGCAACGCCGCUGGGCGUGGCCAUGUUGUGUUGUCAAGGACUUUUUGCACCUGUUGGAAAUGGAUACGAGUUAGCGAAGCAUCCUGAGCUCGCCGCGAAUAUUCCUUUCAUUCUCAAGUUGACAUUCUGCAUGCAAGCCAUUUAUGUCACCCUCCUCGCCUCCGUCAAAGCGAGCAUGUUGGCCUUCUUCAUCCGAGUCUUCCCAACAAGCUUCAUGCAAAAAUCAUCCAAGGCUGCUCUCGUCUUUGUUGCUAUGUGGCUCAUCGCCUAUCUUUGCUCUUGUAUCUUCCUUUGCAACCCAGUCUCUGCUCAGUGGACUGCCCAAGGAAAGUGUGGAGCGUACAUCCCCAUGAUCCAAUCUUUGAUCGCUACCAACGCUAUUGGAGACUUGAUCAUUAUGGCGCUUCCUAUGCAUAGUGUUUGGAACUUGAAGACACGCCGUGCGGAGAAGAUUGGUAUCACCUCUUGUUUCGCAUUGGGUCUUGCUUGCGUUGUUUGCGCCGUCUUCCGACUCAUCUACAUCUCAACUGUCGAUCUUAACAACAACAUCACCGGAACCAUGCCCACCACCAUCUUCCUCUUCAUCCUCGAGCCUAAUCUGGCCAUCCUCUGCGUUAGCAUUCCCAUGCUCCGACCUUUCUACGCCAAGUACAAGAAGCGAAUGGGGGGGUCUCGAUUGGAUGAAUACUCUACCGAGCGUUCAACAGGAUUCAGGGAUGCCAGCCGAUCAGGUGCUGUCAGCACCCAGCCCGAGAUUGCUCGAGACCCAAACUUGUCGACCUGGGAGAUGGAUGAUUACAGGCCGAAUGAUAAGCUUCAGCAUGGCUAUGCCGUCGCAGGAUUCCCUGAUGAGUCAGGGUCGGAGAAGAACUUGACUGUUGGAUCUUCUGAGAUGAAGAAUAACGAGAUCAGUGUUGAGACUCGAUGGACAGUCACUCACUCCCGAAAGUAG